CAUCUGUUCUGUUCUGUUCUGUUUGGGAACGGAAUGGCGAGAUCAUCUGGUUGUAGAUGAGUAGUCAAGUGAAUACAUUUUGAUCUUGAUUUUCCAUCAUGGAAAUAUCAGAAGUUGUAAAUACUCAGCUUGCAUUUCCUGGACUUGUUGUAGGUUUAGUGUUAAUAUGUGCUGUGUUAGUUUUUGUAUUCGGUUUUAAGUCUGUAGAAGACUUUCCAUUUGAUAAACUAGCUACUGUAGCUGACGACCGGAAACCAGCUGGCAAGAAACGUAAAUUGAAGGACAAGAAAUCUCAGUCAAAUGGACAAGCCACGGUUGUCUCUGAAACCAAGCAGAAAAGUUCAGAAACCACAAGCAAUAAAAUAGUUGCAAGUAAAGCAAAACAGGCAGAGAAGUCACCAGCUAAAGAUGUGCCCAAGGCAACCAACAAGCAGGAGAAGAAACAUGGAAAACCUGAGAACUCUCCGGCCAAAGUAGCGCUGAAAGACACUAAGAACAUCAAAGAGACAAACAAGAUAGCAGAAGAUGGGCAGAAACAGGGGAAAAUAAAAGAGGCAGCAGGAAAACAGCAGAAAGACCAACAACAAAACAAGCAGACUAAGAGUAAAGGAAAAGAAAAUGUUGAAGUAAAGAAUAAGAAAAACACAGAGAAGACCAAGAAAAAAUCUGAAGAAAAACCUAAGGAUUUUGAUGAAGGAGAAUGGGAACAGGCCAUCUCUCGUAAGGAUAAAAAAAGCCGUAAGCCUGCAACUUCUGAUGAGGACACAAUGGCUGAGAAAUCUGGAAAGACAGAGGUGGCAAGUCCAGGAAAGAAAAAGAAGUCGAAGGCAGGUGGAGAUUCUGUGCCCCCAGCAGAAUCUGAAACCUCUUCUCCUCCUCCACCUGCCACCACUCCUUCACCCUCAGCAGAUGUCCCGGAACCCCUCAAGGAAGCCAAACCUGUAAAGAAGGAAAAGGAACAAAAGAAGGAGAAAGCUAAGCCUGUAGAAGAACCUUCACUUACUGAAAGUGCUGCUGCCAAUGUUGAGUCUGAAGCAGAAAGUAAAGUGGCUAAGAAAAAGAAGAAGAAAUCAGCAGCCAAAGAAAAUGUAGAAUCUGCUCCACCAGCUAUUGAGGAAAAGGCAGUGGUGGAGGAGCCUGUGCCACCUAAACCCAAGGCUGCUGAGCCUAAGAAAGCGGAAGAGCCCCAGGCUAUCAGCGGUGCUGUAUUCGAUGAACUGGGAGAUACUUGGAAGGAAGCCAAAACACAGAAAAAAGCGAGCAAGAAGAAAGUACGGAAAGCAGAAUGAGAAUGCAGCUGUGAUGGUGGGAGGGAGGCAGCUGGCAGGUGAUGAUGCGGGGGCCUCCCUCACGCAGGGAGGUGCGACUUCGCUCCGGGAACAUAACCGUCCCGGCUGUCCGAAUACAGACAUUGAGUUUCCUUUAUCAAGAAAAAUCGUUAUUUUUCUACAAGGAGUGUAAUAUUUGUAAUUGUAUAGUUACGCGGUGAAUGAGGGCGAGGUUAUAGGUUUGAUUAUUUCCAAUAUGUCUACAGUGUAGACACGGUAUGCAGAAGCAGCACGUUACCCUCUGUUCUGUUGGUAGCACUGGUGCUACUCUGCCUGAUCCGUCUUCUCCAGCCCACCCUUCACUACGCAGCAAUGGUCCACCAAACAUAAGCUCUCUGGUAAGAGUGACAUAAAAAACUCUGCCUAUCCUUGUGUUGUUUAUUCAGAUCCUAUGAUUUCCUAAAUUAAAUAUUAUUUUCACAAAAACAAAAAUAAAGAUUCUAACAGAUUAAGCACAGAUAUUGAGUAAAGAAAGUUAGUUUUUAUAUCAUAAAAAAUGAGAGUGGAAUAAUGUUUACAUUAAUCGUAAUUGAAGUAUAAAAGAUCUGAUUGAAGCAAUUACCCUGUCCCAUUCAUUUAAGAAAUCAACAAAAUACUACUCUUAUUACUGGCUUCUAGGUUUUUGGAAAGUGGGACAGAAGCAAUCAACAUAAGUAAAAAUUAAUUUAAAUGAAACACAAACUAUUAUAUAUUAAGGCCGACUAUUGCUGCUGUAGUAGACCACCUUUGCCUUGAAGUUCUGUGCCAAGUGAUCCAAACUUAUUUUUAUGCAUAAAAAGACAUUAUAUCGUCUUGUGAUAAAUAUUUUUACAAAUUCUAAAUCAUGUAUACAUAUUUAUUAUAUACACAAAAAUCGUUGUAUCAAUAUUUUGUUUGUGUUAGGAUUUUUUUGUAAACAAGUAGGGUAGAUCAUUGUGUUUGUUUUAAAUAGUUACGUUUUGUAAAGUAGGUGUGAUUAUGAAGUCUUCCUCUGGAAAUAAAUUUUUAUCUUAUUAUUUUGUAAUUUUACUGAUAUGUUUUAUAAUUUUGUUGGGAUUUUAUUUCACUGUUGUGUGUUAAACUCUACACGGGUUGUACUGUUAUCUUGUCAUUAUUUGUUUUAUUAUUGUUAUCAGAAGAUUUUCAUAUUUUAUUAUUUUUUAUUUCCCAUUGUUUCGUAUUUUCCCGUUAUUUAAUUCUAUCAAACUAGUGUUCAUGCAUAAUAAAUGCAUUUUUCAUAUGUAAUAUGAUAUAAUGAAUACAAUAGUACAAUCAAUUAAUUUUCAGGUGUAAGUUGAAUCUGAUGUUAUUGUUGAUAAUUUUUGCAUGUUGAAAUUAUUUAUUUACAGAGAUUAUGUUACUGUAGCAUUAUUUGUUUUUUUUUACUAUAUAAAAGGAUUUCAAUUUGUAUCAAAUUAUUAGAUUAAUUACUUGUUGUGAAUUAUUAUAAACUGUUAAAAUAUUCCAGGAUGUUUUGUUGUUAUAUCUCUAUUUAUUGCUUUACUUUGAAGAUAUGUUGUUUUCAACUUUUAAGUGUUUUUAAACAGAUUGCCAGAUUAUGAUGUGUUUAUGUAGGAUUUGACAAUUCAAGGAGUCAUCCCAAGUGUACGAUAAUGGCAAAUUAAAGGCUGCAUGCAUGAAAUACUGAACCUUCUCUGUAUGCUAUUAGGAGACUGAUGAAUUCAUAAGCACAUUCUGCGCUAUGGUGUCUAAUUGUUAUAAUCAGUGCUAAUGACCAUAUCUAUUUUUGAACAAGUUUACAUCAUUUUCAAUUCUAAUUAUGAUGAAAUAAAAUCAUUAUUACACAAUUUAUCCCAGUGUCUUGAAUUUUAAUCUUGUAGAAUAUUUUAUUUGAGCUGGUUAGAAUGAAGUAUAUCAUAUUAAAAACAUGUAAAGCAAAACCUCCAUUUUAAUUCAAAUUAUAUACUUUAUGUGUUGAUGAACUGCUUUGAUUUGAUUGUUCCAUUAAUGUUUUACUGGUUUUAGUUUUUUAAUAUAAAGAAUAAAAUAUAAAAAAAUUAAAAACUGAUAAUAACUGACAUCACCAUAUGAUACUAUAAAGUGUGAUAGCUGUACAAACUGCUUAAAUACAGACCAAUGUAGACAAAACAUAUUUUUAAAGCAUACUUUAUAGUGUCACAGUCCAUUAGAGAGAUUAAAUGUUCAUAACGUGAAAAGCUUUCAUGACUAUCUUAUAGUUGUUAUUUUCAGAUUGCAAUACCCCUAGUUUUUGUGAAUGAUUAAACAAAUAUGUAUUCUUUGAUAUUAAUUUGUAAUUUAAGUUGUAUUGACUAUGUAGCAGCUUUUGUUAUUAUUGUCUAGCAAUGAUUGGAUUGGAAGAAUGACGUGUGACGCGUUUUGUCUAUGUGAAUUCCAUUAUAGUGUGUGUUAUCUACUAGUUAAUUUGUUUUCUUAUCUUUUUUUAUAAUACAAUUGUGUUUAAAAAUUUGUCAAUGACUACAAAAUUAUCCAAUAGAGUUAUAAAUUAAAAGGUUUUAUUUGAAAUGACAUGAUUUAUUUACAGCAGAGUCUAGCUAAUCCAAACUAGAUAGGAAUGUUACUUGUUAAGUUCACUGGAAAUAUGGAUUAAAUAGAGGAGCAUGUUUAACCCUAUAACUGGCUGUCAUUUUUUCCUGUAGUGUCAGGUCAUUUUAGAGCAUUAUGUAAAGUUUUUUUUAUCUACUACAUCCAAAUGAGGAGCUAUAUAUAUAUAUAUAUAUAUAUAUAUAUAUAUAUACUGUAUAAACUGUAUUGAUCAACAAAAUGUUAGUUAAUUAGCGAUACUAAGAGUUAUCACAACUGUAAAAUAAGUUUUUGGUAGGUAAGAAACCAUUUCUUUCGAGAGGAAGAAGCCUAGAAAACCUUCAUUGCACUACAGUCAGAAAGUUGUUCCUAACAGCUUCGAGUGUCACCAGAUAUUCUGGAUGGAGUGGAAAGGACUGAAUUCUAAAGAACGACCUUCUAAAUUGUGAGGAUACGGGGGAUAGCAGGGAGCUCUCUGCCAAUGUUACCAUGGAAGAACGUAAGGCUAGCACAGUUCCAAUCUCUACCAGUUGUAAUAGGCAGGGGGAUAGAUAUCUCCCAUUAGUCUACUUUUGGCACUGAGGAGGAAGUCUUACCCACUCCUGCAAUUAAUUAGACCAUUGUAUCAUGAUGCCUUACCUCAGCAUUUGCGGUUACUACCGACUUGCCAUACAUUGUCUAUGUGUAACUGGCAACAUCAAUGUUUGGUUCAACUGGCAGUCAGGAGUGGGUUUUUUUAUGGCUUAAUCAUAAUAAUUGCUAGUUCAGUUUAUAUAGGGUGUCUCUAUUCAUAUAUACAAAUGACAGUUUCACUAAAUGAAACCAAGGCCUUGAUAAAAUGAUUUGCAUGAUUGAAUGAAAUGAAUUGAACCAAACGAUCACUGAAACUACCAAAAGGGUACACAACGAUGCAGGGAGCUAAUGACAAAACAUCUGUGACAAAGAAGAUUGCUGUAGAAAAGAUUAAAUUUUAAUAUUGAUCUUACUAAAGGGAUUUAAACUUUUUCUGUUAAUAUUACAAAAAGGGCAGCAAAUUAAUUUUUAAGUUUAGAAUUUAUUUCAUGGUCAUUGGAAAAGUGGAUAUAACUGUGUUCUGAGAUCUGUAUUUUGACUACUCAUUUUCUAAACAUGAAUUGAAAUUGCUAUUAUAAUUUAAGCUGCAAAUAAUUGUAAGUUUAUUAUUAUAAUAGUUGGAGCUUUAAGCACUGUCUUCUAGUUAAUAUAUAGACUCGAAAUUUUGAUAAAAUGCUUCUAGUAUGAUCAAAUGCAUUAGGGUGAACACAACAAGUAUAUCUCUCCUGUAGAAUUAGCUUACAGUAUACUUAGUUGAAAUUUGUUUAUGAACUUUUAGCUGUUCAUAUUAACAAUUCUGGAUUUACUAAGUUUGGAUAAGCAAGACUCGACUGUAUUUGAAGUGUAAUUUGUUUUCUUCCCAUGUUGCUAAUUACUUAUUGUAAAAUAUUUUGGCCUUUAUAUUUAAUAAUAUGAAUGCUACUGUAUAUUUUCAGUACAAAUUUUUUAGUGAGAUUCAAAAAUUUAUUAUAAAAGUUGUUAACCUCUUUUAAUAUUCUCAGUACAAAUGUGUUAGUAAGAUCCAAGAAUGCCAAUUGAAGUUAUAAAGAUGAAAAUUGCCAUACUAUCUAAGAUGAAUGCACAUGUAAGGUAGUGGUAACAUUGUUGUCUUGCUUUGUGUAGUUAUGCGCAUACUCCCUGGACAUAACAUGUCAUCCUGCAGUUCAAACCUGGCCUGUAGUGUGUCCAUGUCAGUUGUUGGCUAUGUACAGUGAAUAAUAAACCAUUAUUUAUUUAUCGUGACUUGAUUAUUUAUAGAAAUAUGACAACCUGAAAAACUAAAUUGUACUAAAGAACCUGAUUGGAAAAUCAAACAUUUUAAGUGUUUGCAAAUCAGUUAUUUAAAACUAAAUUUUUGAGGUUGGCUGCAAUACUGUGGUCAAAUAUACAUUUUUAUCAGAAUCUAAUUGUAAAAAGAAAGAAUUAAAAAUAGUCUGAAAUGGUUUGAAUGUGCCAUUUGAAACCUGAAUGUUAAUGGAAUAUUUGUUCGUGCAAUUGUGUUUUGUGCUUUGUUUAUUUUGACCUUUUACAUUCCCUUUUUUGUUGAGUUUGCCAACAUUGUUUGUACAGAUAACAUAAUGCUAAUUUUAAGAUGUAAUCUGUAUAAAUUUAUUAUUUAUUUUAAGUUCCUCAUUUCUACUUUAGUUUUUAACCUUUUAAACAACUGAAGAAUGUUUGCAUAUCAAAAGUUAUUAACCCACAGGAAGCAUAACCUUUGGUUUGUCUUUUCUGUUGUAGUUUUUUUAGAUUAGUGUUUUUUUAAUUAAUUUAUUAUUUUUUAGAAAUAGUGUUUGGUUGCAAUGGUCAAAGGGCAAAAUGAAUUAUAAUAGUUUAUAAAUAAACUUUUGUGUUUUUA